AUGAAAUUAAUCCAUUCAUUCUUUUACAUUCCUGGCUUCACAAAUGGUCCAAAAAGGCUAGUACAUGAUUGGAGCGAUUUAUAUUGGGAUGAUAUUUAUAACAAGUCUUCAGAAUUUCGUCAAGUUACACAGCCUGGAAAUUAUUGGGCAGAUACAAUCACUGCAAUAGAUAUAAAUCAACAAAUUUUCAAUUUAAAUCAGCAAAGCUCAAAAGUAUUGAUAACUAAUGGUUUAUUUAUUAAUAUAAAUCCACAAGCUAGUAGAGGUAUAAAUGGAGGAGUCAUAUCACAAUCUUUAGGAUAUAGUUUUCAUUAUCAUAUUUGCGCCAUGAAUUGCAAUGCUAAUAUUGGCGCUUAUAAUUAUAUAUAUCCUAAUAGUGACAUUUUUAAUAAUUACUCAGCUACUGAUUCAACAUUUAUGAAUUGCCAUUGUACAAAUUCAGUACUUUUUAUUGAAAGUAAUAAUAUUUUGCAUAAAAAUUUGAAUAUCACACAUUGUGUUGGUGUUUCAAGAUGUACAUAUGUAUUUAGAGUUAGAUCAGAGAAUGGAACAUCUAAAUUCAACAAUUUGGCCUAUUGCAAUUCAACAUAUUACUUAUUCUUGCACAGACUAAACAGAUCAACUUUGAUGAAGCACUGCAAUAUAAUAAAGAACUAUAAUUCUGGAGAAAAAGGACUUAUAGGAAUUAUGGAUGAAAUUACUUCAUUAACAGUCAUUGAUUCAAUAUUUAGGCGAAACACAUGCAAGUAUAUGUUCUCUGCCGAUUCUACUUCUGAAAGUACAAGUAUUUUCAUCUCUGAUUGCUAUUUUCAUGGUAAUUCAUUUAAUUCAUUUAGUUUUGGUAGAAAUAUCACCGGAACUACUAUAAAUACUGCAAAGAAUCCAUACAAUUUGGGUUUAUACUCCUCUGCUUUUUGGAAAGCUGCAACUUCAAUACAAUGUGAACGUAUUUGCCAGAAUUAUAAUAACCAUCUCAGAUCAUUACUAAGAAUACAUCGAUAA